AUGUACUCUCCCAAAGUAGGCGACAGCCUCGACUCGCUCGACACGCCCUCCAUGAUCGUCGACCUCGAUGUCAUGGAGGCCAACAUCAAGAAACUUAUGGACCGGCUGCUUCCAACUGGUCGUAACAUUCGACCCCAUCUCAAGACCAGCAAGAGCGCUAUCGUGGCCAAGAAGCUCGUCGCUGCUGGUGCAAAAGGCGGUUGCGUCGCCAAGCUGAGUGAGGCCGAGGCAAUUGCCGCCGCUGGCUUCACGGACCUUCUCAUCACUUGCGAGAUCGUCGGACCGGCCAAAGUCAAGAGACUAGUUGAGCUGUUCAGAAAGCAUCGAGAGAUCAGAAUUGUGGUGGACGAUGAGAGAGCUGCUACAGCCAUCAACGACGCGCUGGGAGAGUCAAGAAUUGAGGACCCUAUCUCAGUCUUGAUAGACUUGGAUGUUGGAUUACAUCGCACAGGAACCCAGCCCGAAGGAGCUCUACCGCUAGCAAAACAUAUCAGCAGUCUGAAACACAUGCGACUCAUUGGAGUGCAAGGCUAUGAGGGACAUCUUCAACAUCUUCCCGACUUUGAGGACCGAAAGAAGCAGUGCCUUGAAUCGAUGAAGAUUCUCACUAAUACUGCCCAAGCACUCAAGAACGAGGGCUUCAACAUUGAAGUCGUGACAACAGGCGGAACAGGCACAGCAGACUUUUGCGCAACCGUACCCGGCGUGACAGAACUCCAGCCUGGGUCUUUCAUCUUCAUGGACACCGACUACCGCAACGCCAUUGGAACAUACUACUCUCAUAGUCUAUCCUUUCUCGCAACAGUUGUCAGCAAACAAGGAGAGCGACAGGUCACUAUCGACACUGGCCUCAAGUCUCUGACAACGGAUAGUGGCCUUGCUGAGUGCAAGGAUCAGAGAUACAGCUACUUUCAACUAGGCGAUGAGCAUGGAGCUUUGACGUGGGAAGAGGGUACACCAGCGCUUGAUGUUGGCGAUAGGGUUGAGAUGAUUCCAAGUCAUAUUGACCCGACGGUCAAUCUUCAUGACUUUUACUAUGCUUAUCGGAAAGGGAUAAUCGAGGAGAUUUGGCCGGUUGACUCGAGAGGAAAGGUCCAAUAA